GAAGAGCAUGGUGGUCCCUGUGGCAACCCAUACAAUGCUUCAGCAACCGAAUCGUCCGUUGUGGGCAUGCCCUGGAUCCAGAAACCUAUCACGUCUGACAGUUUUGCCCAAACCACAAAGGCAGGGAAAGAGAACUUCUGGCCUGUCAGUGUCAUCUUCUGCCAUAGCAGACCCUGCAGCUCUGGAAGUCUUAUCCUUCGACGGCGAGGCGAGGGGUUCCGAGCGCCUAGCCCUCAAGAUCGCAGAUCCCUUCACUGCGAAGGGGCUGGUCCACAGAUGUGUGGUAACGGAAAAGCAGAAUGCCCGAAGGGGGACUGCCAGCACGUUGACCAGAGCAGAAGUGCGAGGCGGUGGGAAGAAGCCAUAUGCCCAGAAAGGAACAGGCAAUGCACGGAUUGGCUCGCGCCGCACGCCGCUGCGGCCUGGAGGAGGGGUUUCUUUUGGUCCAAAGCCAACAGACUGGACCAUAAAAAUCAAUAAGAAGGAGCGCAGAUUGGCGGUGGCGACUGCUUUGCAGAGUGCUGCACCAGACAUCAAAGUCAUAGAGGAUGUCCAGGGAUUUGUGACGGACGCAAAGACCCGAGUGAUGGCUCAAGCACUGCUGAAAUGGGGGGUCACUCCAGGCAGUCACGCACUCCUGAUUGUCAAUGAGAUGACACAAUCCUUACUCUUGUCCAGCCGAAACAUUCCUACAUUGAAGCUCACCUCUGCUGACAGACUUAUUGUCUCCGACAUAUUGCGGGCCGAUAAGGUUAUCAUCGAGUCUUCUGCUCUUCAAUAUAUUCAGGACUUCUUGGGCAAAGAAACCAGCAGCGUGACCCCAGACAACGAGAACGAAGCUUGAAAAGUGGAUGCAUGCGUUCAAUUUGGAAGUUGAAUUUUAAUAGUCUGGAGUCCAGGCCUUGGACCAGCUAAGCUUGAUUCUUGAAACCUUGCACCUUGAAAUUUGAGCAGUGGCGGCACCGAUAUAUGCAUGCUGAGAUCCCAAGCCGUGAACAACUUUAAAAGUGAAGAAUUACCCAUCUAGGUUCUUGUCGGGUAGCCCAAGCAUUGUCUAACACAGGAGUGGAGCUGAAAGGUGGUCCAAGUUGUGGAAGAAAGGGACAGACAAAGUUCUCAUACUCAAAACAUGAUGGGCACCUGAGGUGCCCCAUUAGAGGUCAGCUGGUGCCAUUGUAUGGAUUCAGCGGACUAGAAAUGCAUGCAGGACGUUAAGAUAUGCAGCAGCUG